AUGGCUUCUACUUGUUCCUCUCUCUUAGUUCUUACCAAAAAGUAUGAUGUUUUCAUAAGCUUUAGAGGAAAGGAUACUCGCUGUGACUUCGCAAGCCAUCUUCAUGCUGCUCUCUGCAGAAACAACAUGGAAACCUACAUAGACUACAGAAUCCAAAAAGGAGAAGAGGUUUGGGUGGAACUGCUGAAAGCCAUCAAAGACUCCACUCUCUUUUUGGUUAUCUUCUCAGAGAACUAUGCUUCUUCUAGUUGGUGCUUGAAUGAACUGGUGGAACUUAUGGAAUGCAAGAAACAACAAGAAGAUGACGUUCAUGUUAUUCCUGUGUUCUACAAAAUAGACCCAUCUCAGGUUCGCAAACAGAGUGGGAGUUAUCAAGCGGCAAUCACAAACCAAAAAUGGAGAAACGCUCUCUCUGCUGCAGCAAAUUUAUCUGGCUUCCAUUCUCACGUAUACAGGAACGAUUCUGAUUUGAUUGAAGACAUUAUCAAAGUUGUUUUGCAAAAAUUAAAUCACAAGUACACAAAUGACUUUCGAGGCCUUUUCAUAUCUGAUCAAAACUAUAGAAACGUUGAAUCUUUACUGAGAAUUGAUUCAAAGGAAGUUCGAGUAAUUGGAAUUUGGGGCAUGGGAGGUAUUGGUAAAACAACACUUGCUGCUGCCAUUUUUCAUAAGGUUUCUUCUCACUAUGAAGGCACUUGCUUCUUAGAAAAUGUGGCAGAGGAAACAAAAAGGCAUGGACUACAUUAUGUAUGCAAUAAACUUCUUUCCAAGUUACUAAGGGAAGAUCUUCAUGUUGACACUUGUAAAGUGAUACCCUCUAUUGUUGCAACAAGACUCAGACGUAAAAGAGUUUUCAUCGUACUAGAUGAUGUCGAUACUUCAGAUCUUCUUGAAAAUUUGGUCGGAAAAGGUCGUGACUGGCUAGGAGCUGGUAGCAGAGUCAUUUUGACAACCAGAGAUAAGCAUUUACUUACACAUGAAGAUGUUGACAUAAUUCAUGAAGUCAAGGAAAUGAACUUUCAAAACUCCCUUAAACUUUUCAGCUUAAAUGCCUUUGGUAAAACCUGUCCUAAAAAGGAAUAUGAGGAGUUGUCAAAAAGAGCAACGAUUUAUGCCAAAGGAAUCCCUUUAGCUUUGAAAGUUUUGGGAUCAUUUCUUCGUUCCAAAAGUGAAAAUGAAUGGGAUAGUGCACUAAGUAAAUUAAAGAAAACUCCCAAUGCAGAAAUUCAGGCAGUGCUGAGAUUGAGCUAUGAUGGGUUAGAUGAUGAUGAGAAAAACAUUUUUCUAGACAUAGCUUGUUUUUUUAAAGGACAAGAAAGAGAUCAUAUAACAAAAAUAUUAAAUGCUUGUGGUUUUUCUGCAAAUAUAGGAAUAAGAAGCCUUUUAGACAAAGCUCUUGUUACCAUUUCAGGAAAUAAUUUCAUAGAUAUGCACGACUUGAUGCAAGAAAUGGGCAAACAAAUUGUUCGUGAAGAAUCUAUUAAAAAUCCUGGUCAACGCAGUAGAUUGUGGGAUCCUAAAGAAGUCUAUGAUGUAUUGACAUAUAAUAGAGGAACUAGUGCAGUUGAAGGAAUAUGGUUAGAUAUGGCUCAAAUUACAAAUAUAAACUUAAGCUCCAGAGCAUUCAAAAAGAUGCCAAAUCUGAGAUUACUUGUUUUCCAAUCACUCAAAAGAGGGUUUGAGAGAAUCAAUUCAGUGUACCUUCCAAAGGGCCUUGAAUUCUUACCUAAAAACUUGAGAUAUUUUGGUUGGAAUGGAUAUCCAUUAGAAUCUCUACCAUCAACUUUUUGUCCCGAGAAUCUUGUUGAGCUUUCCAUGCAAUAUAGCAAUGUGGAAAAGCUUUGGCAUGGAGUACAGAAUUUGCCAAAUUUAGAGAAAAUUGACCUUUGUGGCUCAAAACACCUUAUGGAGUGUCCAAAUUUGUCUCUUGCUCCAAAUCUUAAAUUUGUAAGAAUAAACAAAUGUGAAAGCUUGUCUUAUGUUGAUCCAUCAAUUUUGUCCCUCCCAAAGCUAGAAUUUUUAAAUGUAAGCGAAUGCACUUCGCUUACGAGCCUUAGCAGCAACACUUGGUCACAGUCUCUUCGAGAAUUGUAUUUAUAUGAUUCAGGUUUGAAUGAACUGCCCCCAUCAGUUUUGCUUAUCAAAAAUCUCGAAACCUUUUCUUUUUCAAUUAACUAUGGUUUCGUGGAUCUUCCUAAAAACUUUGCUCGUCAUAUUAUGCUUACUGAGUCAAGGAAACAUGAAUGUGACUCUUUCUUCACCUUACAUAAGCUACUUUCUAGUUCGGGCUUCCAAUCAAUAACAACUCUAAUUUUUGUGAGUUGUCAUAGCUUCACUGAAAUCCCAGAUGAAAUCUCUUUGUUAUCAUCAUUGCAAUACUUUUGCCUACAUUAUAGUGUCAUUAUAAGCUUACCUGAAAGCAUGAAGUAUCUGCCAAGACUCAAACUUCUUGAAGUUGAUGAGUGUAACAUGCUUCAACGUAUACCUGCACUCCCACAAUCCAUUCAAUGCUUUCGUGUUUGGAACUGUCAAUCUCUUCAGACUAUGUUAAGUUCCACGGUCGAGACAUUCAAUAGACACAAGUGUAGUUUUCUGCUUCCUAACUGUAUAAAAUUAGAUGAGCAUUCAUAUGAUGCAAUCUUGAAAGAUGCCAUUGUUGGAAUUGAACUUGGAGCAAAACCAACGUCAGCAACAGUAUUAGAAAAUGAAGAUGAUGCGUCCACAGACAAUGAUGACAAUGAUAAUAUUUAUUCUUUUUCUUUGUAUGAAUCAGUAAAAAAUGGUAAGUUUUGCUACUAUUUACCAGCUAGAAGUUGCAAAAUUCGAGACUGGUUCCAUGGCUACUUUACACAAUAUGUGGUAACUAUUGAAUAUCCCUCGAAUGUUUUGGGUUUCAUUUUCUACGUGGUUGUUUCUCAAGUCCAAUCAUGUGACAUUGGACGCUAUGGAAGUGUUGGAUGUGAAUGCUACUUGGAAAUUGGUCGAGAUGAAAUGAUCAAUAUGACAAGUUUCUUUAUAGAUGAAUGCUUCAUGCUUAAUUAUCAUCCUCCAUUUGAAUUUAUGGCAGAUCACGUGUUUUUAUGGUAUGAUGCACAAUGUUGCAAGAAGAUAACAGAAGCAAUUAAAGAGAGGAAAGUCAUUAAUGACAAGAGCACCACUCAUAAUCCAAAACUUACAUUUAAAUUCUUCGCUCAAACCGAAGAUAACAAGGAAGCAGUGGUCAUAAAAGAGUGUGGGUUUCGUUGGAUGUAUUCCUUAGAAGAAAAAGGACGUAAAUCCAAGAGAAGAAGGGAAAUUCAUGAAGUAGAAACCAAUGUUGUCCGAAAUAAAGUUGAUGAUGAGCAAGAAGAAACACCUCGUCCAACAAAAAAGUUCAAGCAACAUGUCUUUGGAACAUCAAACUUGGAAGCAGAAGAAACAGAAGAACCGUUGAGGCAUUUACUUGAACUCUUGCAUAUUUGAUUUGGUCGAGAUCGAUCUCACAUAACAAAAUAAAAUUGUGGUGCCCUGGUUAUAGCACUCUGUUGCAAUCUGAACACAUGCAAGCAAUAGAAAGCAGAAGCAUCAGUAGUGUGUGAAUAUGGCAUAUAAUUAACACAAGACUAUACUCUUGUUCUUUUGCAACAGGUAACAAAUCUACAUACUUGCAUUUCAAUUCAUUGUAAAUGUAAUCUUUAUUUGCCUUUAAUCACUUUAAUUUUUUAUUUUAUUUUACCCAACAUCGCCUUGACCUUGAACAUCACCACAUGCUCAACGAGUGCAGUGGUAGCAUUUCACAUUUUCACCCAUCGCCAAUUAGUGUAUUUCUGUUCUGUUGUUGGUAUAUUUUCUUUUGUAUAAUAUUUUUAUUACCUUAUCACCUCCUUCGUCCUUACCAAACAUAUUAUGUGUGUUUGUCAAUAACGUGUACAUUGUGGAACAUAUUAAAUUUAUAUUUGUUUAGAACAGCCUGAUGGUAAAUUGGAUAUUGUUAACAUUCUGCUUGUAGCUCAGGCAGAUUUGACUCUACCAUUUCACUUUUCUAUGUUUAAUUGUAUAAUCACUGUGAGCAAGAAUGUAAUUAGUGAUGUAUGUUUAUAAGGAAGAAGAAUGAACUUA